UUUUAUUUCAGAAGUUUAAUGGAAUAAAAAGUAAUGAAGAAGAAGAACGCAAACAAUGUACCACAAGAGCAGAUGGCUUCUCUCAAGUUUGCAAAGCCCCGCAUUUCCUGUCCUUGUCUGGUACGCACGCCUACAGCACAAUGAAACAGGAAAAGACAUCAGAAAAGUUCAGUGACACAGUUGGAGAGCAUCAAAGUGCGUUUUUGAUUGUAGCUUGGCUGCAAGUGAAGAAUUGAAGAACAACAGCAGGUCAAUCAGCAAUGAGCAACCAAACAGCAGCAGAAUGUCAAGUCCCUCCAGCAGAGUAUCAGGUCUACUUGUUCCCAGCAGUCUACAUCUUCGCUCUGGUGUUUGGUCUCCCGGGAAACCUGGCUGCCAUCUACGUGUUCACCUUCAGGGUCAACCCCCGCACGGCCUUCAGCGUCUAUAUGAGCAACCUGGCCUUGGCAGAUGUCGUCAUCCUGUGUACGCUUCCCUUCCGACUCCAUUACCACCUCAAUGGGAAUGACUGGGUGUUUGGCGACGUGGCAUGCCGAAUCACGGGGAUCCUUUUCUACGCUAACAUCUACACCAGUAUUUGCUUCAUGACGUGCAUCUGCGUGGACCGCUACAUGGCCACUGUACAUCUACACGCUUACUUGAAGCUGAGGAGGCCUGUGUACUCGCUGCUCAUCAGCGCCGCCAUCUGGGUGGUCGCAGGAGUGGCUGUCAUGGUCUUCAUCCUCAUGGGACGUCUGGAGACAAACAGUACCAAAUCAGAGCAUCACAGCUGUUUUGAGAACUUUGCUGCCCAUGAGUGGAUCUCCCGUCUGUUGCCCUACAGCAUCUUGAGCCUCAUCUUCUGCUCCCUGCUGCCCUCCGCCGUCAUCCUAGUGUGCUACCCGCUGGCCGCUCGGCGCAUUUCCAGGUUCCACACAAAGACGGCCCGGAGAGCCUUGAGGGUCAUCUACACCAUCCUGGUCAUCAUGUUGAUUUGCUUCUUGCCCUAUCACAUAGUGUACUUGCUGCACCUGCUUCGCCGCAUGGAGGUCAUCCAUAAGUGCUCCCUGGCCAACGCCAUCUACAACGCCAGGCGGGUCACCAUGGCCCUGGUCACUCUCAACACAUGCCUGGACCCUCUGCUCUACUAUGUCACCACAAGCCAUUUCACAUGCGAGGGCCUGAAGAGGACUUGGUUUAGAGUCCGGAGGCGUCGAGGUGUUUACUCCAUCGCAGAUGAUGAGAAUGACUCAUUUAUGACGAGUAAAGUUGUUUGAAUUGGCACAUUUCCGGUCUGGGGCGCAGACAUCUUUACUUGUGGCUCUCCUUAAAAGUUCGACAUGUAUAGUAGCGCCUCUACAAAGCAAGCGAUCGGACCAAGGUGCAGCGCUACAAUCCAACACCAUUAGUUCCAAAUGUCACGUAGACUGGCUGCUCAGUCUUCCUAAAUAUCUGUACAUAGACUAUACUGUAUAAAGUUUAUUGAGCUCGACAUGCUAUAUAUCUAGCCUCUUUCGCUAUGCACACGGCACUUCUGCAUUCUGUGUUAACAUGUACAUUUCAAAAAGAUGUACUACUGUAAUGUUGUUCAUAAUGUAAGACAUGUCCACCCACAGACUUCUCACUUCCUGUUGCUGUUCCAAAACACCACGAAUGUUUAUUCUGGAAUCAUACACAAGAAACAAAGUCAUUAAAAAAGUUUAAUUUUUUUUACUCUGUAUAGCAAAAACGCAUUUUACCUCAUUUGUGUACAUUAUUAAAAAGUGCCACUGUAAUAAUACAUUUGAUUGCAGUGCACUUUACAUAAAAAGAAGCAAUAAACAAGUUGAUACAGGUACGCAGUAAGUACAACACAGGUAAGUAAAAAAAACCGACGGUUGAAUUCGGUGCAAAGAGGGUUGCGAUUUGUCAGUGUGGGUGAGGCACUGUGCUUAAAAAAAGCUUGUUAAUUACUUAGCAACAAGUGAUUCCGUUUUGGAUUCAUGUGUAUAAAUAAACAUAAUGAAAUUGGGCAGUUGCCACCUCUCAAAAAAAUUU